GCAGGACUCAUAAGGCAUGAUUAUUGACCCCAAAUCUUUGCAAUUUAUUAAUAUGAAAAUUAUAGUAGUGAGUUGUUACGCGAACCAGAGUUUGCAUCAUUUUUGAAACUCAAAAACCAUGGAUCAAAAACAAAUGAUUUUGCUUCCUUACCAAAUUAUUUGUUUUUACGCUUGUGUUCUAAUACUGACAUUAGCCACGGCCCAAACAACCACUAAUAGCACCACCACCACAAUUACGAAAGGUAUCAAUAUAACAAAACGAGGAUGCCGUAAGCAGUGUGGGAACGUUACAGUUCCAUACCCAUUUGGUAUUGGGAAAGGAUCAGGUUGCGCCAUUAAUGCAGGGUUCGAGAUCAAAUGCAAUAUUUCUAGUGACGGUUCUCAGAAACCCCUCAUAGGAACCCUUGAGGUGUACAACAUAUCUGACACUGAAGUGCGCAUCUCAAAUUCCAUCGCUUGGAGAUGCUACAACUCAAAUGGAGCUGUACGCAAUGAAUAUCUCGAUUAUACCCGUUUGGGAAACUCAACUUAUCCAUAUAGUUUCUCUGCGCUGAACAGGUUUAUCGUCAUCGGUUGCGACGACAACGCUCUUAUCACGAGGCCUAACUUUGAGUAUAACUGCUCUACUAGCUGUAACUUGUCAAGGGAUGUGACUGAAGGAGAAUGUAUGGGCAAAGGCUGUUAUCAAGUACAGAUACCCAAGGGCUUGAAAUACUUUGUCCCAAUCAUUUCUAGCACUCGAAACCACACGGAUGUUUGGUAUUUUAAUCAAUGUGGAUAUGCAUUUCUAGGCGAAGCAGAUCGAUUUUAUUUCCGUGGCGUACAAGAUUUAAGUGAUAUGACCUUUUAUAAGAGGACUAUGGCUAGUGUUCCCAUUGUGCUUCACUGGGCAAUUGGCAAUCUUACGUGCAUUGAAGCUCGGAAAAGCAAUGAUUAUGCUUGCAGGGAAAAUAGCGAGUGUGUUGAUUCAGACACUGGUCUUGGUGGCUACCGCUGCAGCUGUAAUAAAGGUUAUGAGGGCAAUCCUUAUCUUAGUCCAGGCUGCCAAGAUAUUGAUGAAUGUGCUGAUCCAAACACCAAUUCAUGUGAAAAGAACUGCACAAACACCCCAGGGAGUUAUAUUUGUUCUUGUCCUGAUAGAUAUACCGGUGAUGGCAAAAAGGAUGGCCGUGGUUGUGUUGCUCCCUACUCUGAAUUCCCAUGGAUCAAAUUCUCUAUAGGUGCCGGAGUUGGCUUUAUCUCCAUAGUGGUUGUGAUAACUUGGCUCUAUUUCAGCAUCAAGAAAAGAAAAUUGAUUAGAGUCAGAGAAAAAUUCUUCCAACAAAAUGGUGGUCUAUUAUUGAAACAUAGAAUCUCCACUAACGAGGGUGGUUUGAAAGCAACAAAAAUUUUUACAGCUGAGGAGCUCAAGAAAGCUACGAAUAAUUAUGCCAAUGACAGAAUUCUUGGUCGCGGUGGCAAUGGGAUUGUAUAUAGAGGCGUGCUACGUGAUAAUAGCAUAGUUGCUAUUAAAAGAUCUAGAUUUGUGGACGAGAGUCAAAUUGAUCAGUUUAUCAAUGAGGUGCUUAUUCUUACUCAAGUCAACCAUCGAAACGUGGUGAGACUGUUUGGGUGUUGUUUGGAAGCUGAAGUUCCUUUGUUGGUUUAUGAGUAUGUCUCUGAAGGAACUCUUUACGAGCACAUUCACAAUCAACGUGGAGCGGAUUGGUUAUCUUGGCAAAACCGAUUGAGAAUUGCAGCAGAAAUAGCCACUACACUCGCUUACCUUCAUUCAUUUGCGUCCAUGCCUAUAAUUCAUAGGGACGUCAAGUCUGCCAACAUACUGUUAGAUGAUGUUUACACAUCUAAAGUGGCAGAUUUUGGAGCUUCAAGGUUAAUUCCUCUGGAUCAAACACAUUUGGCUACAUUAGUUCUAGGGACAUCAGGGUACUUGGAUCCUGAAUAUUUUCGCACGAGUCAACUGACAGAGAAAAGUGAUGUUUACAGCUUCGGAGUAGUUCUAGCAGAACUUCUAACGGGAUUAAAACCUGUUUCUAAGGAUAGAAACGGUGAGGACAAGAAUUUGGCCGAUUAUUUUGUUAUGUGCAUGAAUAAGAAUACCUUGUUUCAGAUUCUUGAUCGCCGUAUUUUGAGAGAAGGAAGUCUUGAGCAACUUCAAAAGAUGGCUGAGCUAGUGAAGAACUGCCUUCGCGUGCACGGAGAAGAUAGGCCUACAAUGAAAGAAGUGGCCAUAGAAAUUGAAGGUAUGAGGAAGUUAACUGGGAUCCCUUGGUCUAAUCAAAAUGAACAGGAAGAGAAUGAUCAGAAUGAAUUAUCAGAUCUUUACACUGUUCCAAUUAAUUCCUAUGGGAAUAUCCCCAAUUCGGAUAGUUCUCGUAUAAUGCAUCCCACAUACAGUCCAAGUUGAUCCAAAAUCUAGGCCACUAAUCAGGGGCAAAGCUAUGUAUAGCCAAGGCUGGUCAACUGAACAUCUUUCGCCGAAAAAUUAUAUUACGUAUAGGGUAUAUGAUUACUGGUUAUUGAAUUUCCUAGCUUCACUACCACUAAUAAUAACAUAAGAUUGUAUGUUACUGUCCCCAUCCCUAUGUUUCUUCCAUAUUGAAUGUUCUAAUGUGUUUUCCUUCC